CCGAUCUGCUCGAAAAUUCAGCGAUCGAGUGGCUGGCGCCGUGCAGCGGAACAACCGAUUCUCGUCCACCCCCUCAACUCACCCGCUGUCGCGCACUUUCUUUUUUUUGUUUGUUUUUUUUUUUUUUUGUUUUUUUUCAAGGUGUCGUUGUGAGUGACAAGGAGCAACAUGUCGUGGGCCGAUGAAGAAGCCGCGCCGUGGGACGCUGGCAGCACCGAGGAAACGACGACCGGUACCGAGGGUGAGUCGAGCGGUACCGAGGGCUUCUCGAGCGAGGGUGGCGGACCACCGCCCCCACCGCCCUUCGACUUUCGCGUUCUGCCGAGGUGUGAUCCGCCCAAGUACACCCUGCACUGGGUUCGGCCGCUCUUUCUCAAUUACGGAUACCUAUACGAUUACAGGCAAAACUACUACAACGACGUGAUCGACUGGAUGAACAAGAGGAACAAGGGAAUAAGCCGCGAGACGCCGCGAGCCCAGGAGUGGUCCGAGCGCGCCAUGAGAACGUACGACCAGAAGAACAAGGACAAGAGCCGCAAGGGCGUCGCCGACAUGAACAUCCUCAGGAGCUACAAGCCCAAGGUUCGCCACUACAGCUACCACACGCGGGCCUACUACAGUCUCAAGUACCAAAAGAUACUCUGAGCUACGCUGAGGGAACGCGAGCGACCAAACAAGGGGA